GGCCUCCACCUCCCAUCUUUCUUCCAUGCGUGAUCCUCUUACCAGUUCUCAUCAUGGAUCUGCCUCUACGGGUCUCUGACCUCUUUCACACCCUUCAUACGCGGACGAUCGACAUACGUGCCAGCUAUCCAGCCUCGCAGCCUCGGCCAGGCCAUGUGGAUGAAAUCGCCAUAGCGACCUUGUACCUGAUGGUGAUGAUGAUACUGGCCGUGUUGAUACGACUCGCCUUUCGCCUAUACAUGCUCCGCUCGCUGCACUGGGAUGAUGGUAUUUGUUCUCUAUCCCUGGUCUUCGCCGUUGCGCAAUGUAUAUCCAUUCUUGUUGGGACUAGGCACGGUCUGGGAAAACGACAAUCAGCUUUGAGCGACAAACAAACACACAUACUGGAAAGGGCUCUUUACGCGGCAGAUCUGUUCUACGUCCUGGCUCUAAGUCUCGCCAAAGUUUCAGUCCUGCACCUCUUAAACAAGCUGACUGUCAACAAAUGGCACAAAAAAAUAACCUGCUGGUCAUCGAUGCUAGUUGGCAUCUGGACGGUGCCAGUGUUUUUUGCUCUGGCAUUCAAAUGCGGGGUGCCUAGGCCAUGGGAUACCACCAAUCGGCAUUGCAUCGACAUGUUCAUCUUCUGGGCCGCCAUCUCCCCCGUUGACAUCAUCACCGACUUGGUAAUUUGCAUCCUACCAAUCUACAUCGUGAAGCCCGUCCAAGUUGUCGUCGGAAAGAAAGCCACCGUCGUGGUCGCAUUCUGCAUCCGUAUCUUGUACGUCAACCCCACUCUCUUCGUCUCAACCCUACUCACAUCUCCCAGCGUAGUAAUCACCACCAUCAUCCGCCUCGUCUACAUUCGUCACGCCCCUCCAUCCCCCGAUGUAACCAACGCCGCCUUCGCCACCAUCAUCACAACCGAAUGCGUCCUCUGCGUCAGUCUCAUGACCGCCUGCAUUCCAUGCCUGAAGCCCUUCCUCGACGCCUUUGACAGCGGCAUGCUCAAUAUCUCACUACACAAGCGCAUCGGCGGAGGUAGCAACAGUAACUCCUACGGCAACACAUACGCAUUGACAAGUAUGUCCAAGGGUGUCAAGGAGUCCGCCACCCGGUCACGGUUUAUGGAGGAUGAGAUAGAGGGAUUGGGUAGUUCGGCAGCUGCAUUUGCCGUAACGGCACCUGGGGAGCCAUUAAAUAAUAGGAACUCUGCGAUGGCCAUCCAGAGGACGGAUCAGUGGAGUGUUAGAUGUGAAUAUGUUGAUCCCAAGGCGGGGUCGAUUGAUGAGGCGGAGGGGUCGGAGCUGAGUGUGGGGAGGGGGGAUCAUUCUUUGGGGUGA